AUGCUCUUCUUCAGUUUCUUCAAAACCCUCACCAAUCAGACCGUCACCAUCGAGCUGAAAAACGACAUCCGCAUCCGCGGCACCCUCAAAUCCGUCGACCAAUACCUGAACAUCAAGCUCGACAAUGUCGAUGUCCUCGACCUGGACAAAUAUCCGCACCUGUCGUCGGUCAAGAACAUGUUCAUUCGGGGUAGUGUGGUGCGCUAUGUGAUGUUGCCGCGGUCGGAGGUGGAUAUUGGACUGUUGGAGGAUGCGACGAGGAGGGAAGCUGCGAACCAGGCUGGGAAGGCCAAAUAA